AUGACUGCAGAAAGGAAGAAUAGUCUCUACUAUCUGUUGGGAGAAGUUAUGACUGGAGAAAUGAACUCAAUUGCCACUGAAAGUUUGAAACUAUGGCAUAUGCGUUUGGGUCAUCCAGCAGAAGGGAGUGUAAAGGAGUUAGUCAGGAAAUGGCUUAUCUCUGCUGAUGCAUCAAGCAAAUUGGAUCCUUGUGAGCAGUGCAUUCUGAGCAAGUCAAAGAAACUCACAUAUCCAGCAGGUAUACACACAUCUACUGCACCUCUUGGUUAUAUUCAUAGUGAUCUAUGGGGUCCAGCUCCAGUUGCUACUAUUGGUGGUGGAAAAUACUAUUUGUCAAUUAUAGAUGACUACUCUAGGAAACUAUGGGUUUUUAUCCUGAAAGAGAAGUCAGAAACCUUCCAAAAGUUCAAAUAG